AGUCAGAUCGUGCAGUAAGCAUCUACAUCCAUGCCGGUUCCGGCCUCGACCUUGCUGAGACUGUCAGCACAGAUGAGAUGCAUUUUUCGCUUCACAACCGGGGAGGCUGCCAACGCGAGAGUCGUGUACCCUACUUUGCCAUCUCUUGCUCGAUCUGCUUGCCUCGUUGCAGAGACACACUUCGUGAAGCUUUGCGAGCGUCAUCGACUCUUGAUCGUCGUCUCCAUUUUGUAUAAACUUCUCUCGGAACAUCGCAAUGGAAGGAGCGCUUUGCGGGUGCGAUCAAAUCGUAUUUGAGUCAUGUCGCAUGCUGAAUCCCUUCCAGAAACCCAGCUCAGGAUAUCUUCCACUUUGACAUUGGUGAACCGCCGCGAAGAGUCUCGAUCCACAAGACUCUUUUGCAGCGCGUCUCCAGGCCAUUGUCAGCUCUGGUUUUCAACGGCAUGCGUGAAAGUCAAGAGGAAUGUGUGCGUCUGGAUGAUGUCGAUUCUCAGACAUUCUCCCGCUUUGUUGAGUGGUUGAACACUGACACAUACUCGGCGCCAGGCGCUCCUGACUCCAAGAGUGUGUCUGACAGAGGAGAUGAGUGUCAGUCAGACGUCACGUCGCAGUCUGCUCUACUCCCGACAUGGGUGGUAGACGGUGAUGUAUGUCCUACUUCAGAAGAGCAGAUGUUUCCUCAUCGGAGAGUGUCAUCGCGACAGUUCGACUUACCAGGCGCGGCCAUCAGACCGAUAAUCCGUCAGAUUGACCAGACACAGAGCCGGUCACCCGACACGAAUGAGAGCAUUCUGCACGCCUCAUGCUUCGCCCAUGCCAAACUCUAUGUAUUUGCAGAUCAGAGACAGAUAUCAGCUUUGCAACGACUCACGGCGAAGAGACUGCAAGAGACAUUGCAGACCCUGAACCAAUCUGCCGAGCAAGCACUUCUCAUCACAUCACUGGUCGACUACGCCUACGAGAACACAGCGGGUAUGAAUAUGGAGGAGAACCCUUUGCGUCGUGUUAUGGUCGAAACCGCUGCCGAACAGCUUGAACGCCUGAUUCCUAGUCCUGUUUUCUUGGAGCUUCUCGAGGAGGGCGGUCAGUUUGUUAUGGAUCUCGUGCGUGAGAUGAUGGCUAGGGCGUUGCGACGUGAACAGCAGAACGCCGCGCUUGAAGAUGCUGCUAAUCAUUGGCAAGUGUUUAUUGCCAAUGCAGCAUAUUGAGAUGACCAUCUAAAUAGUGACGAUUGAACGAUAUUGAUCUUGAUGGGGUACGUUAGAUAGUCUAUCCACAUUAUCCCUUUUGUUAAUCUCGGCCGAAGAUCAUUUCGUUCGAUCUAAGAUAGCUGUUACCAAUCAAGUAAGGAACUUUAGAAGUUUCUUCAUGCAGUUAGAGAAAUCAACUAGUUCUGGUGC